AAUCUAAUUUCAAAACUUUAUUCAAACACUAUCUUAAUAUAAACUAGUUUUUGUUGUAUUUUGCGAAAAAGAUAAAAUUGUUAAAAAAUGAAAUAUAUAUGUUUCCCUCCCUUCUCUCCAAGAAUUGAUACGCUGCCGUUUUAAUGCUCGCUCGAUUUCUGCUUCGCUCCACGCCCAAAUUUUCUGUAUCUAUAUAUAUGUAAGCAUGCACACACUCGUUUCCAAUUCCAAUUUCAUGAUCAUCACUGUUAAUUUUAUUUCUUGGAUUACGUAAAUCCGAGUUCUCCCCCCUCUGAAUUUUUUGAACAGCGUAUCGCCGAACAAUUAAUUGUUGACGCAAAAAAAAAAAAAACAAAAAGGUAUUCGGUUAUGCUGAUUUACUUCAUCUACUAUUACUUAUCUGCAAUUAACCAGGUUUUCUGAAUUUCUGCAGUGGUGGAAAAUGAGUAAAUCGCAAUUGCCGCUGCAAAAUGUGGGCGGGGCGGAGAAGCGCGUGGUCAAAAAGGAAGCUUUGGUUAAACUCUUGCGAUGGCAUUUUGGAUAUUCUGAUUUCCGAGGGAAGCAGUUGGAGGCUAUUCAAGCUGUUUUAUCAGGUAGAGAUUGUUUCUGUCUGAUGCCAACUGGUGGAGGAAAGUCGAUUUGUUAUCAGAUUCCAGCUCUAGCAAAACCGGGGAUUGUGCUUGUCGUUUGUCCUCUGAUAGCCCUAAUGGAAAAUCAAGUAAUGGCCUUAAAAGAAAAAGGGAUUGCCGCUGAAUAUCUCUCUUCAACCCAGACUGUCAAAACCAAGAAUGAGAUUUAUGAGAAACUUGAAUCGGGAAAGCCAUCUUUGAGUUUACUCUAUGUUACACCUGAAUUGAUUGCGACAUCAGGGUUCAUGGCGAAGCUGACAAAGAUUCAUGGCAAAGGAUUGAUAAGUCUCAUUGCCAUUGACGAGGCACAUUGUGUAUCGACAUGGGGCCAUGAUUUCAGGCCAAGCUACAGAAAGCUUUCUUCGCUGAGGAAUCGAUUGCCCGGCAUACCAGUUUUGGCUUUGACAGCUACAGCUGCUCCUAAAGUUCAGGAGGAUGUGAUAAAGUCCUUGUCUUUGGAAAACCCACUUGUUUUGAAAUCAUCCUUUAACCGGCCAAAUAUUUACUAUGAGGUUCGCUAUAAAGAUCUGUUGGAUAAUCCAUAUUCUGAUCUCUGUGAUUACCUCAAAUCAUACGGAAAUAUUUGUGCCAUUGUUUACUGCCUUGAGCGCACAGCUUGUGAUGAUCUGGCUAUCCACCUAUCCAGCAAUGGAAUUUCGUGUGCUGCGUAUCAUGCCGGAUUGAACAGUAAAGUGCGUAGCUCUGUCUUAGAUGAUUGGAUCUCCUCUAAAACACAAGUAGUUGUGGCUACAGUAGCUUUUGGGAUGGGCAUAGAUCGGAAGGAUGUCAGAGUUGUUUGCCAUUUCAAUAUUCCAAAGUCUAUGGAAUCCUUCUAUCAAGAGUCAGGUCGAGCUGGCCGAGAUCAAUUGCCCUCUCAAAGUUUGUUAUACUACGGAGUGGACGACCGUAAAAAAAUGGAAUUCAUCCUGGGCAAUGCUGCAAGCAAGAAGUCGCAUUCUUCAAGCUUGGAGGAGGGUUCCUCCAAGAAGUCCCUAGCUGACUUUCGUCUGAUGAUUGAAUACUGUGAGGAGUCUAACUGCCGAAGAAAAAAGAUCCUUGAAAGUUUUGGGGAAGAGGUAACAGCAUCGUUGUGCGCUAAAUCUUGUGAUUCAUGCAAGCAUCCUGAUAAAGUUUCAAAGUAUUUGGAGGAGCUUACAAAUACUACUAAUUCACGCCAUAGAAACUGGUCAUCCCGAAUAUGCAUAAGCAGUGCAUCGGAUUUCAAAGAUGCGGAACAAUUCUCAGAAUUCUGGAAUCGAGAUGACGAAGCAAGUGGAUCUGAGGAAGAUAUAUCUGAUUCUGAUGAUAUUGAAAUUACAAAACAUAUAGCAAAUUCAAGUAAAUCAUCAGAACGGAGAAUACAUGAUACGAUGGAGUCACUGCAGCGUGCAGAAGAGAACUAUUACAAGAGUACAAAUAAUCAAGACAAGCAGGUCAAUAAAGUGGACAAAAACUCCAUAUCUGAAACAUUAAGAGAGUCUGGGAAACAAAGGUUGUUAAACGCCAUAAAGCAAAACCAGCACCGCUUCAGCAAUUUACAGAUUGAUUUUGAGAUAUCUGCGGAGAAACUGGAAAACGAAUGCCACAAGAAGUACGGAAAAAGUGGGAAGUCGUUUUAUUUAUCUCAGAUGGCAAGUACGGUUAGGUGGUUGUCAACUGCAACCCCCGAUGAACUGACGAAUAGACUUGGCACUAAUGCUAAUAUGUCUUCGGAGGUCGUUAAACCAGCAGCAAAUGUCUCUCCCCUGCCAAUCUCUCCAGUUAUAACCACGCAGUUCCAUCGAGUGAAAGCCAGUGGCACCGUUAAAUUCAACUCUCCUGUUUCACAAGAUGCAGCACCACCGCCGCCGAUUCUGUCUUUCUCGGAGUUUGUUAAUCGAAGAAAAACAGAGGAUAAUAACCCGUCUUCGACGACCUCUAAAAGACAGUCCGGUGAUGGAGUUAGUCGAGUUAUGGAGAAGAAAGCUAAAUGCUAGUUAGUCUUGAUUGAAUGUUGAACUUCAUUUUUUGAUUCUGUAUUUUAUAAUUGUUCUUUAAGUAUUUCAAAAUAUUGUUUGGAAUUUA